AUGGAGGCAAUGGACAUUCAGGCUGUAGAAUCGAAAUUGAGUGAUGUAACGGUGACUGCAAUACCUAUGAGUAGCAAGAGCAUCCAUAAAGAUGUAGGACAUAGCAGUAAUAGUCAUGCAACUAUAUCAACUGUACCUGCGUCGUCACCUUCUUCUGUGGGAAAGGACAAAGACAAUGGCAUGUCAAAAUACGCGCAAUUGCUGGCAGUUAUUGAAGAAAUGGGUAAGGAAGUCAGGCCAAGUUAUUCAGGAAGUCGUAGUUCAGCAGAGCGUCUUAAAAGGGGCAUUGUCCAUGCUCGUAUUCUUGUGAGAGAGUGCCUAAUCGAGACUGAGAGAUCUGCUAGGCAAUAG